GCGAUGAACAAGAAGAGGCGUGGGAGAUGCGUGAUAUUCCAUCACCAAGAGUUCAACGAAGGGAACGGCGACUACAGAGAGGGUUCUCAGUACGACGUGGAAAAAAUAUACAAGGCUUUCGAGAAGGAACUACGUUUCGAGAUAACCGUUUACGAAAACUUGAAAUUCUUCGACCUCUGCGAAAAGAUAAAAGAACUGUCCAAGGAGGAGGACCACAGCGACGCAGAUUGCAUCUGCAUCUUCAUAUUGUCUCACGGAGGUUUCAACGGAACGAUACACGCAAGGGACGUGUCCUACCCUUUCUCCGUUAUCUGGAAACCGUUUCUAGAAUGCAGAACUUUAGUAGGCAAGCCGAAACUAUUUUUCGUACAGGCUUGCAGAGGACGGACCACAGAUCAAGGGAACAUGGGGAGGCACGCGACCGAUUCGACCGACGCUAUGUACACGAUUCCUACUCACGCGGAUUUCCUAUUCGGCUACAGCACGGUCGAUGAUCAUUACGCUUUUCGGGAUCUGAAGGCGGGCACGUGGUACAUCGACAGCCUGUGCCGAGUGAUCAGGACGCACUGGAGAGAGUACGAUCUCACGAAAAUGCUGACGGAAACUUCGCGCACCGUCGCGUUAUAUUACACUUCCAGCAGUAAUAAUCCAGCGUUGGACAAGAAGAAGCAAAUCCCCACGUUCACGUCUACGCUCACCAGGCAACUGUACUUCACUCCCAAGGACUGAUUCUGAAACUAUUCCAUAAUAAUUUUAAUACAAAAAUAGUUAGCUUGAAUUUUCUUUUUAAAAUAAUUAAUAAAGAUUGUAAUUUUAGUCAUGAAAAUAUUCUGAUCUCUUGAAAAAAAAUAUAAAAACUGUGAUCAAGGUUUAAAUAUCUUAACUAGGAAUUAUUUAUAGACUGACUGAUUUUUAGGUAUUUUAAAUACCCCUAGAGGGUCAAUAAUUAUUAUUGUGAUAAGACCGCAGAUUCGAUGAGUCGAACUUAAUAGAGAAAAAUAGAAACGAAAGAAUCUGCGGUCCAGCUGUCCCUAUAGGUUUGUUUGUUAAACAUUUUUUGUGAUACAUUUUAUAAUCGAUCAAAUCGUGUAACCAAUAAAAACUAUUACGAUGACGAA